AUGUCUUUAAAGUUAAAGAAUAAGAAAGCUGGUUCCAAUAUGGGCAAGGUCCUUAAGAAACUAAUUGAUCUUGCUGAAAACAUUACCCAAGUAACAAACCAAGGGAAGGGUUCAGGAAAGGGGGAUACUUUUGGUGAAGUCUUUAAGGGUGUAGCUGCAGCCAAACCACCCUUUUUCUUAGGAAAAGAGGACCCAACUAGUCUUGAAAACUGGAUCCGAGAAUUUGAUAAGUUGUUUGAUGCAAUCAACUGUCCAGACAAUAUGAAGGUUAAUAAUGCUGUAUACUACUUAAAGGAAGAAGCUGACUUAUGGUGGACCCAAAAGAAAGAAGAAUUGAUGGUAAACCCUAAUUUUGGCUGGGAGGAUUUCAAGGUAGCUUUGAGGAAAAAGUUCUAUCCUGAUCAUUUAAGGAAACAGAAAUGUUUGGAGUUCACUAACUUAAGGAUGGGAACUAUGACUGUGAGUGAGUACUAUUCUAAGUUCUAA